UGAUGGGGAGAUGAGGGAAGAAGAUACAGUGAAGUUGUUACAGAGGAAAAGGGGAAGAGGCAGAGGGCAGUCAGGAUAACCGGCAGAGUGACUGGCCUGGAAUGGAGCUCUCCAACACUGGAGUGGCAGUAAUACCAGUUCUGAGGCUGACAUUAUAUCCUAGGACAAUAUGGCCUAAUUAUGGUUGGAUGUGAUUGCUGUGGAUGUGGCUAUAUAUGUGGCACGUCUGCAAGCUGUAUAACACAUAGAGAGUGACAGGAUUAUUAUCCCCAGGCAGAUCGUCAUCGUAUUUCUACACAUGUUCAUUUUAUGAAGAUCUCGUUUUUGUUGUCUGUACAUCAGAGACCAGUUCAGCACUGGCAUAACAACAACAGCUGCUUGCUGAUGCAUAGCUGGAAAGGUGGGGGUCAAAGAAAAUAACUCCAGUCCUUCUGACCAGCUAGGGUGAGUCAGGCCUUGCCCCAAGGGCUAUGAAAGAAAACGGGCAACUGGGAAUGGACGACUACAGUUAUAUAGUUGUGAUGGAGCCUUGUGUUGUGGACAACGUACUUCCCUCGAAUCCUCACAACAUGGUUUAAUAACAACAUCAGGAAAUGUGCCAAGAGUAGGUAUUCAACAGAGGCCAGGCAGGUACUUGAGCUUUGAAGGAGAGAGACUUCCUUUAAUUGUGUGAAUCAUGAUGAGAGCAUGGGCCAGCGUGGAGUGUGCCAGGGUGCACUGCUAACCCCAAGCCUGCCAGCAGGACGGACAUACACUUGAACAGUCAUUGUGGCAUGACACUUCUCACUUCCUGAGGCAAACACACCGUCAGCCUUCUCAUAAGCUACAAACAAACGGAUUUGAAUCACCCUUAUCAAGUUGUGACAGGAUCUGACUUGAGGAACUGGACUUGACAGUCCCUCCAUCACCCUCCCCAUCACUCACGUUGAGGGGAGGGGACACUCAUGUGUGUGAAUACUGAGUUGGCUUAGACAAUCCUCUGAUAUCUAUACUGUGCACACCGAUCCUCAGAGCGGACAGCCUUAAGGGAGCAAUCAAUACCCUCACAUAUUAAUAUUCAGACAGGCGCAUACAGUCUGAAUGGUAGGCAAUCCACUUAACUGGAGUAGAUAGUCAACCAAUUUGGACCAUUAUAGAUGAAUAUAUCAGUGUUACAGGGGAGGAUGGGCAGAGGAUUUACCAGCCAUGGAAUUAGCUUUACCUAUUUCCUCUCCAAAUGGAUACUCUUUACUAUUCUUCUCAUUCUAUAUGCAGGAAUUGAGACAGCAAGCGGGAUCACAUGUUAUGGAGCAGCUCAGCUAUCCUGUUACAGUAACUUUACCCAAUUAGUCAUCCUAAUACAGCGUAGAGAUGAGAAACUAGACCAGGAAAUGGAUACAUGUGGUGCAUUCUAUGCUGUCCAGGACUGUUUCAUUCCUCACCUAGCUAACUGUGAUCGUGUAGAACAAGAGAUGUUCAUCAAAGAUAUCGUCCAGAAUAUGGCACAACCUCCAUAUCAGUGCAAAAACCAGAGUAUAGAUGUAUUAGAGAGAGCAGCCGCUGCUGCUCGCAAUGGUAUAGACUCCAGUCACCCUGGACUGCAGAUCCUCUAUACAUGUGCUCUUCUUGGACUGAUACACACUGUGAUAAAUCUAGUGAUGACAAAAGAGAAGAGGUAACACCAAGGGAGGCAAUUCCAGGCAAAGCGGACAAGCACCUCUGAAAGGAUACUACAAGAAAAAUAUACUUAUAUGCGAUGUUGAUUCUUUAUUUAUUGAAAUAUUUAAAUGAAUAUAAGGAAGAAUAAACAGAUACAUUGUCUCUUAAAGCCUCCUGAAUAUCCUUCAAGGCCAGAAAACUUAUCAAAAGAUAUAGCCUAUCGUUUAUCUUUUGAAACUCCACCUUGUAGACUAUGGUGCCUUUAUAUAGAGUAAGGAAGAAUUUAUUCCCCUGAGGAAAAAAGCAUUGCUAAAGCUAUCUGAAGUCCAUUUACACCUUAGGUCAUUUAUGAUCAUAAAAUUUCCUUCUUGAGAAAACUUGUGCCAAUGAAUGCUUUUACACCACUGUCACCAAACAGGAUCUGUUUCAGAAAGAGAUUGUUCUUUACAGCAUAAGACAACAAGGUUGUUUUGGUGUAGGCUGUAAUGAUGGUUUGCAUGAACAUUAUUAGACAUGUGCAUGAGUUUUUAUGCCUUGAGUUUUUUUUUUCACUCAGAAGCAUAAAUCAAACAUCCAUGAAUUCUUAAUUCAAACCAAUGAUGUACAAUAAUGGACCACAACUCAAAUUUAUGCCCAAACUGAUCUCUUGAGGGUGCAGAAGGUGGGGAGAUAACUCAGGAAAAUAACCUCACCAGUUUUAAACCACAAUAACUUAUAUUGCAUAUAUAUGGGAACACUGAUUUUAAAGUUUUACUGAAGUCCAAAAUAAUGAAUGGAACCUAUUAAUGUGUUUGUAGAUAAAACAGCUGGGGUUUUAAGGGAUGUCUUACAACUGUAUUCAUCAGCUUAAUUCAACAAAAUAUGAAAAUACGAGCAAAAAUCUCUAGAAACUAUUCUAACACAGCUGCAAAAACUGAACACAAGCAUUACUGAAUAUUAGGAAUAGCAUCUGUAUGUUACAGUAGAUACCCAGAUAAGACAGUUCCCUGACUUUGAAAAAUUAUAAGUGAUGCCAGCCUUAACUCUGGCAUUGUGAAGCUUUUCUGCAUAACCCAAAACAGUUUGUACUGUAAUGGAAAGUUUACAAACAUGAAAACACACCUUAACUGUCACCUUAACUGUACCACACUAGAAAUUGGCAACAUCUUGCUAUUCAUUAUCAUGCCACUCACAGAACGUCACUGGAGAAGGUAACUACACUUCCACAUCAACUCUUUCCUCAUACAUAUGUAAGUUCCUACGCAACUUUGCCAACUCAACAUUUCCAGAGCCAAAUACAUAGGUACAUGUGUAUAGACAUUCAUGAAUUUAAACAUGUUACAUUCACCCAUGUCUUAUUCUUCCAAAUACUUAAACAUAAUAAGCACUGAAGACAAUGGUAAUGAAUGCCAGAACUAAAGUGUAUGUGUGUAAUGUCACUGCCAUGAAGUCCACACCAAGGACAUGCAUAUGUAGUACUGCCAUCCACACAAACUAUAAUGAGAUUAUUACAUGCCAUAAAGAACAAAAAAGUUUGUCCAUGACUAACUUGUAUAGUUUUCCUCAUUCUGAGAGUUCCAUUGAUUUCAGUUUUGGGGUUUGCUUGGAACACGGGAUGAUGUUUUACUAGAAAAUUGUGUCAGCACUGAGAAUAACAUUUUGUGACAUUUAUUUGCCUCUAAAAAUGAACUUUUGGGGUGAAAGUUUAGGUCAUUUAGGGUAUAAAAAUGUCGUGCUUUUUUAUAGUUACGCCCUUACCUUACAUUGUAAAGAAAUAUUUCAGUUAUUAUAAUGCAUCAUAUCAUCAGUGUCCAAUGAUAUUUUAGGACAUAAGAUCUUCAUUAACCAGUAGGUGUCAGUUUUUUUUCCAUAAAUAUUAUGCUGUUGCCCCCCCCCCCCCCCACCUUUUUUUUUUCUUAAUUUUGUUCUUUGAAAGAUGUACACAAAAAUCCCACAUUUUUCAAUUUCAUUUAAAUCAGCCCACCAGCUCCAUGUUAAUGAUACCACACAAUUAUUCAGUUCUAUUCAGAUUCAGAAGUAUGGCUAGGAAUGUGUUUUUGGUUGUCCAGAAAGCAUUUGUGUACAAACUCUGACAAAAAUGCAGCAACUCAUGAAAAUUUUCCUGACAGACCAUUUACCAGUUAUAAUGGUCAUAACAUUAUUAUGCUAGCUGUACCAACUGUACAUCACUGCUUAAGUUUAAUGUUAAGAACACGACAGAACACAGAUUUGCAAGUUUGUUGAAAUCUAAAUACUUGUAUCAUCCAUAAGAUUUGCUGUAGAAAAAAUGAUGCCAACCUUUGUAUUUAAGGAAAUAUGACCACGUGGUGUUUUCAGAAGUGAUAAUUGUUAUCAUUUUUGCUCAAAAUAGUCUUCAAAGUUUAAACCUACAUGUAUAUAAGACCACAUGACUUUAAAUAUGUUUUUAACAAAUAGACAUAGAGUCUACUCCAAACUUUAUUAUAGAAUGGGUACAUAAUCGACCUGUAUCAAAGAAAGCUCAACUUUUCCCGGUAAAUGGACUUGCCAUGAUCACAGAAAGUUCAUUUAUGGCAUUAUCACUGGUAUAUCACUAGCAGGUAUUGUACAUUAGGGGAUUUUUUAUAUUCUUGAUUUAAGUACAGGUAAGUCAUUGUGCUUUACAGACGAAAACUGUAAAUAAUCAAAUCAAAAACAAAAGCCAAGUGGCAUAGAAAUUUGUAUAUUUACAUAUAAUUCAUUUUUAUUUAUUUAUUUGAUUGGUGUUUUAUGCCUUACUCAAAAAUAUUUCACUAAUAGGAUGGCAGCCAACAAUCCGGGGGAAACACACGAGACCAUCUGUACUUUGCCGGCAGACCUUCCCACAUAUGGCCGCAGAGUAAGCCAGCAUCAACUGAGCUGAGUGGACUUGAACUCACAGCGACCAUAAUGGUGAUAGGUUCCUGGGUCAUUGCACUGCGCUGGCAGACUAAUCACCUCAGCCACCUAUAUAUAUAAUUAAAUUGGACUAAGAAAAAGUGGCAUUCGGGUAAACAUGGAUUAGAUAUACAUAUCUACUUCGUGUAGAUUAAUUAUUAGUAGAUAAUGUAGAUAGUUCCCUGCUCAAUGUAAUUUUAAGUUGUAUAUUUUGUUUGAUCUAAAAGGGGUUAGAAUUAUGUUUUUCAAACAUAAAAUGAUGUUUGCAUCAUCCAAGGCUCAAGAAAACCAUGCUUGUAUAUAUUUAGAGGUGAAAUUCUGUUAACAUAUGUAUAAGAAAAAUGAUAAAGUGCUUGCUCUAUUUUUAUUCUUCAAGAAUGAUUUCAUUUCUGUUGAUGCCUGUCAUAAAUAUGUUACUAUGUUUUUUGUUAAGUUUUGUGUAACUAUAUAAUUUGAGUAAAUUUCAAACUAAAGAUACAAAAAUUAAUGAAUAUAUCUUCACUAUGCCAUGAUUGAUCCAGGAAGUGUAUGCAAUUUUUUUUCAAGCUUAUUUUUUAUUUUAGAUUGAAAUGAGUGGUAUUUAAAAACAUUGUUUUUAUUUUAAUUUGUGUGCUGUCUAUGUUCAGCGCCAUUCAGUUUUCAGGUAAUAAUGUUAUUUGAUUACCUCUGCAAAAAUAUCUGGACUUUAAUACAGAUUGUAUCGUGAUAUAUAAAAGUGACAAGUCUUCUACUAUCUUACAUGAAGCACAUGAGAAAGAAGCUUAAAACAAGAUGGUACAAGGCUGUUCUGCUCUUGUUUUUUUCACCUGAAAUAUCAGCCACUUGCAGUAGGUUGUACAUUUCAUCAGUUCAGUACAAAGGCGUUUUAAAAGUCAGGUCCCUCCACUGUAUCUUCAUUAAAUAUUUCUAUAGCAUAAGUAUAUAUGCUCCUCACAUUACUUAAAAAAAGCUAAAAAAACAAAGCUCCACAUGCAAAAACUACAGUGUAAUAUGUUAAAAUUCAUGUCUAUAAGCAUGAAGGAAUGUUAAAAUUCCUUUCUAUGAGCAUGAGGGACAAUGUUUAUCUUUGUCUACUCUAUGAAUGAGAGAUCUCAUAUAUCUGUCAAGAUGCUUAAGAUGUUUUGAAUGAAAUAAACAUUGAUGCAUAAUACCAUGAUGGGUGGCUGUUAUAUGAUACUGAAAAAGUAAAAUGGCCUUUUUCCUGCUUUGACCAAUGUUUAACACCAUACUCAAGAAAUUGAAAUUUUCACUUAAAAACUGAUGGUCAGUUUAUUAUGGGUGGAAGAACCAAGAGAGAAAACCACCAAGAGAAACCACCCAUCUUUGGCAUGUGACAUGUCAUACUGGGGGAAAGCAAGUGGUUUCCAGUGAACUUCUCUGUCAGGUAAUGGUACAGUAGUGAGCCCAGGUCUUGUGUGACGCAGCAUGUGAAAGGCCAGCAACUUUAAUAGCUACUCAGUUAACAUAAUCACUUGUACAGAAAAUGUCAUUGUAAAUUCAACAGUGAACAAUAUCAUGCGCAGUGUAUAAAGAAAUGGUCCCGCCAUAAUGCCGGCCACCGUGAAGUGAAUAGUGAA